AACGGCAAAACAAAUGACGUCAAAAUUCCCAAUACAACAACGCUAACUAUUUCUUCAAUACGGAUUCCGGUACCAUUACUUCCACCAUUUGACGAAGAAGUAUCAUUCCCAACUUCUUUUGACGAAUUGGCAACAUCAACAACUACUCCUGGUAUCUCAUCAGACACCCUGCGUCGAUGCUUAAAGCAAGGAAAGAUUACAGCUAAAACGUCUCCUUCUGGUACUCGUCUUUACAACAUAUCAUCUAUUUUUCCAGAGUUGACUUCACAAUAUGUCGAUAACAACGCCGCC